CCUCCUUCUCUUAAACUUAGCUCAAUACUCCAUUAAUGGGAGCUUGUACAAUGUAAUUGUGAGGAGAGUCCUAAUGAGAAAGAGAGGGCUUGGACAUUAGCCUAAAAAGUCCCGUGGUUUUCUCCCUUUCGGGUUUCCACGUAAAAACUGAGUUGUUCAUACACAUUUAUACAUAUAUUUACUAUAUCGUGUUGGAUUAAACUCAACACUGGCGCCGUCUGUGGGAAUCUGUCCAAAAAGAUUCAUGUAUUCUACUGUUCUUGAGUUUCUACCGGAAAGAUUCAUACGAAGAACUGAUUCUCAACAAAAAGAAAAAAGAAAUUUGAUACCAAAUGCACUGAUUUCCAACAAAGAAAGCGAUUCUGAAAAGCAAAACAGGAGGAAGAAGACUCUGGGAAAAAAGAAGAGAAAAUAUGCUGGAAAAAUGAAUCUGAAGUCCAAAUCUGGAAUUUUUCAGAUCUGGGUUGGGGUCACCGGAGCCGCCGCCGUCGUUCGUGCCGCCGUGAACCCUCCGGCGGGUUCAGAAGAACUAGAGGAAGCUCGCUGCAGCGUCCUGGGACCCGCCAAACCGUGUCUAGCACAACACCACCUGCGAUGGAGUCGCCGCCCGUGGUUCGUUCGCAGUUGGCUCCACCAGCCACCGCCAGGGUCGCCAGACCACGGCUCGUCAUCAGCGGUGAACCGCUUGCCAGUCUCCGUCCGAGCCUCCACCGGUCCGUUGAUGCGAGCUAGAAGAUCCGCGGUUGGGAAUUUCUUGGGUUCCACCGUUAAUGGUGGCUUGAAUUUCAGGAAAAGUGUUUCGAAGCUGAGCCAAUCCUCCACCGAAGACCAGUUUUCCCGGCCGCUCUGGCUCCUUUGCGGCCACCAUCACCGUCGUGGGUCAACAGCCGAUGUCUGCUGUCUUCUUG